GCUACACUUCCAUUUUCUCGUUCAUCCGUCAAACUGUUGGUUGCGUUUUCUCCUCCUCUUAUAUUAUGUGGUUGAGUUCUUGUUCCCCAUUUCUGAUGGAAGACGAUAAAGUAAAUAUGGCCCUCGAUGAUAUCAUCAAGCUCAAUAAGAGAUCACGAGGUGGCCGAGUAGCCGGAAGAAGCAAUGGUGGCGUACAAAAGUUCAAAGGGCGCUCAUUUGCCGGCUCUCGUGGAAGAGGUGGCCUUGCGCAACGUCGAGGUGCUCGCGCUAGCUUCGGUCAGCGACGAGGUGCUCGCUCGGAGUCCACACAGCGCCGUGGCGCUAACUCCGAUGGCGCAAGUGUAUCUGUCGUAAACAAUGCUGCUACGAGACGAUUUGUGAAGAAUCUCGUCAAUAAAACGAUCAAGAGGAUGCGAGCUAAAGCAGCAACAGCGAGUCGCACUGAUGUCGCUCUGAGUGGAAUUGGUGCAAGAUCGCGCAUUAUCAGGAAAAGGGUGCUUGGAGUUCCUCGCAUUGUUGUUAGGGGACCGCGUGGACUCCGGACUGCUGUUCAGCGUCAAGUAGAGACACGACCCGAGCCAGUUGUUUACGAGACUGUUCGCGUUGUGAAUCCACAGCCAGCUCCGGUUCGCGUUGUUCGCCGUCGUGAAGUUCGACCGAUAUAUCGUGCAGCAGUUCAAGCUCCUCGCCAUAUUGUACAACAAGCGCAGUUCCGCCAACGCAACCGCGUGAUUGUGCAGCAGCCUGUGAGGGCCAAUAGAUUUCUCGACCGGGACAUUGUCGUAUAUCCGGAAGGUAACCGCAGACCAGCUGUGCGCAGAGGUAACGUCGUCUACGUUGACGAUGCUAUGAGCUCAAGGGUGCAACGUUCUGCUCAGAGCAAUGUGCGUUUCAUCAGGAAAAGACCGAACAGACAAUUUGUCGCAUACGACGAUGUCGAUGAUGUUGAUGUGGAUCGUUUCCCAUCAAGCAGUAGAUUCAAUGGAAAUGGAAGAACGAGACGAAGGGGACUUUCCCACAUCAGAAGAUUUGGAGGAGCUCUCCAGCAUCAAAUUUGGGGAACCAAGGCGGGUAAACAAAGUUAUGACCAACCAAAUUCUGCGAUAGAAUCCGGCUUGCGGAUGAUACACCUGCACUUGGUUUUACCUACGAAUGAGGCUGAUGUUUCGGAUAACGAUGUCGAAUGUGUCAAGGUUCUAGUGUCGACCAUUCGCGAUUUCAUUGAGAGUGCUUUAGAAGACUUUCGAAGGAUAAAUAAUCAAAUGAAAAGCCUAGCUGUCUUAAAGCAGCGAGCACUUGACAUUGAUGAGUCGAUUGAAAUCCACAAGGAAGUAAAACUCGAUGAUCUACUCCAAAAUCUAAGGAAGAAGGGCGGCCAUCAUGUUUGUUUCUUACGCAGUCACGAGAACUUGGCCGAGCGUCCAUUUUGCGAGAGAAAUGUUGCUGUUGUUCCUCUACCGAACCUUGGUGAAAGUCACAUCGAGGACAUAAGCUCAGGAAGUCAAUCUGAUGCAUUGAACUCAUUAGGUCUUGCUGCUGGAUGUGCGCUCCACGAGUUAGGCCACCUGCUUGGAGCUUUCCAUUCAUCAAGUGGGAUCAUGAGCGAAAGGCCAAACGCUUCCAGAUUAUUCAUAAAGCGAGUAGAUCCUACUGCACAAGACUUGCCUAUAUGCUUCUUUGAUAAUUAUUCUCUCUGUUUAUUCGCGCAUAGUCCCUUCUUCAAUGAACACGAAUGUGGUAAAAAUUACUCACCUGUAUUGUACAAAGUAGCCGAUUCGGAAGUACGCAUAAAAUGUGAAGAUGGCAUUUCGGUAGUGGUCGUAAUCCAGAACACUGCCUAUCGUGAGCUCAAAGUCUUUGACGACGUGGUGCCGUCAGUAACUCUUACUCUCAGUAGUCAUGACUGGGAUCUCAUUCAAAACUCUGAGGCAUUCACCAAGCAAUUCGAGCGACUGCUUAUAAAUUCCAUUCGGUGGCUGAGAAAUAUAAUACAAAUGAAUAAAACGGUCGAGAAAUUGAAAGCAUAUAGAAGGGAUGCACAAAAACAACCGCAAAAUGAAAUGGAAUGUAAUGGCUCGCCGUCAACAUCAGCUGAAAACGAGGAGAACAAUCGCGGCAGUCGGCGGUCGCCAGGGAUUUGGGAGCGCCUGAAUAUUGAUGUUCUUGAUGCACCACCUUUUCGCUUCUGGCGGAAAUGUUACGAAACGAAUCCAAGAUCAACUCUUUUCGCCACAGCUCUGCUGUACUUGGUGGGGCAGAUUUACUUCAUUUGGGUCCAGUUCGGCCUGGUGUUCUUCUCUAUAUCAAUCCUCAUCGCAAUAUGUUUGGGUCUCGGAAAUCGCAGUGAAGGCGAGUUGUCCGCUUACUCUGGAUGUGCUGAGGAGGAGGAUAGACUAGUGACUGAUGUCCAUUCCGUGGUCGCCGCCUCUUCUUUCACAAUGCUCUCGUUAUUCAGUCCCAAGGAGAUAAAACGACAACAUCGCAUUUCCCCCGAGGCGUACACAUCAACUAACUGCUCGGUGGCUUUGUCUCUCACGCUAUUGUUGUUUCCAGGCUUAUUUGGAUUUUAAGGAGUUUCUAUCAAAUAUGGGUUGAAUUGUUAACAUAUGAAGUAAUUUAUGGGUUACAUUGUGAUAUGUGUAUUUAUAUCGUUCUGUCAGAUUUCUAUAUGUGCAUAUGCUCAAAUAAACUCUUUUAGCU